UACAGCAUACUGAAACCCUUGGGAUUAUUUUGCGGGUUAAUUUUAUUCUACGCCUUUAGCCCGAGCUAUAUUACUCUCAGACUCCGAGUGCAGCUACAGCGCUCAAAAGAUCCACGAUGCCGAAAUAUAAGUGACCCUUCCCUGCCUGCGACAUUGUUCUUCUGCUAACAUCCGAUGUACUCUUCUGCGACUAUUGCGAUGUUUACUUAACGCACGACUCAAUGAGUGUGCGAAAGGCGCAUAACUCUGGACGAAACCAUUUGAGGAACGUUGUGGAAUAUUAUCAACAAAUCGGACAAGAAAAAGCGCAAUCGGUCAUCGACUCGAUCACAUCUUCAUACGCCGCUGAAGGACAACUGGUCCAGGCGGUGCUCCUGGCAUGCCACCUCCGCCUGGAGCACGAGGUCUCCCUUUCCCUCCUCCCUUCCCCCCAGCUUCUGGUGCCCCCGGCCCAGGAGGCCUUCCACCACUUCCUAACAUGCCCAACAUGGGACCUCCUGGCUCUGCCCCACCCCCGGGCCAAUUCCCUCCCCCACCAGGCGGCUUCCCCCCAAUGCCUCCGAGCUUUCAGGGCGGCGGUGCGCCGGGCUUCCCACCCAUGCCUGGUGCGCCGGGUCCAGGCCCUGCCGGUUUUAGCCCCAGCCCGGGCCCUGGGGCUGCCGGACCACCCGGAGGAGGAGCUGAAGGGUUUGCACCCCCGCCUGGGAUGGCACCAGGGGCUCCUGGGCCGCCGCCUGGGAUGGGGGAUCAGCGGUGAUAUGAUCUGACAUUUCGUUAUGUUGUACUAUUUUCUCCUGCUACUGUACGUUUUCUUAAGACCUAUGGAUCAUGGAUCUUUUGUGAUUUUCCGGCGUAUGAUGGGGUUUCUUCCGCUUCCUUCCAUUUCAUGAUUCUGUUUGUCCGUUCUGGUGAGGAUUCGAAAAGCUAGAAACGGCAUUGCAUAAUACACUACUUUAAAUUACAGUCCAAGUAACUUGAGUUGACUGAUCUGAGACCACGUGAAUACUUGACUGAUUCAUAUGAACCUU